GCAAGGGCUUCCUGUGAGCUUUUGACUGGCCCUUGAUGGCGGGGUUGCUGCUUCUUGCAACCUUCAUCCAUGGUGUCUACGGACAGGCCAGCGUGGUGGCGUUUCCACAAGCGGUGCUGAUUGACGGCUGCUACUGGAAGGACGCGAGGUACUACUCGCCUUCCACCAACGAGACCCAGACCUCGACGAUCUAUGAUUGUCAAAAGGAGUGCGUGGGCACGCCGGGCUGCGCCUAUUUUGGCUUCUGGCCGUCAACGGGUUCCUGCUAUUUGGCGGCCGAAGAUGCCACUUUCACCACGUACCUGGCAGAGGGAGGCUACACAGGACCAGCUGUGUGCCCCAAUACACCCAGCGUAUGUACGGAGAUUCCCUCGCCCGCCUACCCGGCCCUGAACACGUUGAAGUCGAAGCUGGCCUGGCCCGCUCACAUGGUGCCCUCAAAGCUCUCGUGCUGGCCGAAAGACUACAUAGGUAAGAAGUACAAAGCCUGCCCUACAGUUACAGUUCUGGAGGACACGAAGAACGGGUGGCCCGGCAAAUGCCAUGGCCUCCUGGAGGUGGAGGUGCCUUACAAAGAGACCUGCGAGAGUUCUUGCAGCAAACAGGUGGCCUGCUCUGUUUGGCAGGAGGUGGAGAACACGUACCCACUGCCACCCCGAUGCUUCCAAACCUUUUGGAGUAGUGGCUAUGAUUGCUACACCCGGAACUUUGCCAAUGGCAGCUUGGACACGACUUUCAAGCCCAUGAGGUCACAGCGGAUCAUGAAAGGAGAGGUGCGAGUGUUGAAGAAGUUGAGCUUUGUCGACAUCGAGGAUCUGAGGAACGUCUUUGACGAGAACUACUUCGCAGAGCCCAAGGAGGCGGUCAAGGCCUGUCAAAUGGCCUGCUACUCCGAUCUGGGAUGCCAGUGGUGGGUGUACAGCCGAACGGAGGGCUGUUUUCUCGAAGACAUUUCUUACAAAGCCUUGCCAGUGCCGCUGACCUCGGAGCACUACAAGCCGUUCUCCGUAAAAGCAGCUGAUAUUCUGGAAGGGGAGUACAUCCAGCAUCAGUGCAAGGAGGCUGGGUACGCUGCCAUUUCGUCCACUCAGAAGAUCCCCGAGUAUUCCGAGACCACAACUACCACGACAACUACAAGUACAACUACAGCUUUUGCAAUUGAGUUCUCCACCACAGGCAUAUUCGUCUUUCACCACGACGCGGUGGCAGGUGCAGGUGCUGGUGCUGCUGCUGGUGCUGCGCUUGACGUCAACAAAAGGGAACAGCAGGUUCACCCGACAGAGCUACUCGCUGCAGGCGGCGUUGUGGUCGAGGGUGUGGACUUGAAUUUGAUCCCCGUCGACCUGAGGACAAAACUGUCAGAACGCCUUGCUCUGAUCAUUUCAGCCAGCACAGGACUUUCGAAGUACGACGUGCUUGAUUUGAACAACGAGGCCGGGAAGGUCUCCAUUCAGUCCUGGCAGCCCGGCUGGACGGUGGUCCGAAGACUCCAGACUACCCAUCCAGCCAUCAAGGCUGUCUAUAAGCUGAUGAACCCAGACGGCAAAGAGACCUUCACUUCAGUGCAGAACGAGCUCCUCGAUCAGUCGUUCAACUCAGAGGUGCAGAACACGUGCGCCAUGAUGCUUGCGAACACUGCGGCCAUACCAGACGCUCGCAGUCUGACAGCAACGGGAACGCUGCGGGAGCCUGAGCCCAACGAUCUGCUUCCGGCCGGCGCAGAGAAGGUCCGAUCUCACGGUGGCAAUAUGCAGUUGUGGCUCUGGGUCUUGGGUGCCGUUCUGGUGGCAAUGAUCUUGGGCAUCAUCUACUGGCUCUUUGCGGGCAACGCGGCGAGAAACCAGCAGGUCUCCUUCAGCAGGAAAUCCGAGAACAAGCAAGUUCAGUUCCAGAAGUUCUCUCAGGAUGAUGAUGAGGCUCCAAUGCUGGCCAAGAAGCAAGGAGUGGCAUCCCCGAAAAGAGGAAGCAUCCCGGAGGCUGAAGCGCGCGCGCUGCAAGAAGCCUCCCGGUUGUCACAGGAAGUGGCUUUGCCAUACAUGCCGCAGGACAACAUGUCCGGCGGCAUGUCUGGCAGCUACGGCGGCUACACGUCUGGCGGCUACAGGGCAGCGCCACCCCUUUAUCGAUAGCAGCUUGGACUGUGAGCCUGGAGCGUUUGCGCCGCGCUUGCCGGAGGUGUGCGCCAUGCGUGGCUGAGCCGAUCACUUUCGC